AUUGUGUUCAGUUAAAAGAAACGGCCAUUUUGUUAAGAGUGACAAACCUUAUUCUAGUCAUAUUCUAAUAUAAUAAACCUUGUUAUAUUAUGUUUUAACAACUUUUGCAAUAACAGUCCGACUUUUUCAGUAAAAACAAGCUCAAAUUGCGCUUUUAUUUUGAAGUAGGUACACAUUCCGGUUGUAUUACGACAGACUAAUGGUGUUAGCUUGAUGCUAUAUCAGAGGAUCCGAGGAAACGCUUUUGCUGCCAGCAAUGUCCUCUUCUUUAUCUGAAGAAACGGAAUUAAUUGAGAAACAUGAGCAAAUUUUAGGGAGGAGAGCAGAGCUGCUGGAGCAGAUGGAGAGUUGCAGAGAGCAGCUGAAGAUCCAGAGGAGGCAGCAGCUCAAGGAGCAUGAGGCAGCUCGCCUCAGGAACGCCACACUGCUGCAGGAUUUACAGAAGACAGAGGAUCGCCUCAGAGGAAGACAGCUGCCACACCCAAAUCUCCUGGCUCUGGAGACAAAAUACUGGGCGUCAGUGGAAGAGUCUGUCCCAGCCUGGGAGUGCUUCCUCCUGGGUAAAGGCCCGCACCCUUCUCACGGUGCAGGACCGCCACCCAGAAGAACCAAACAGAAAGCCAGCACAGCUAAAGACCUCGGCCUGCCUCCUCGCCCCAAACCCAGGACUGCUCGUUAGGCUCUGACGCUGAUAGACGCUGACUGGAGUCGGAGAGACGGCGCGGAUGCUCAGCUGGUGCAGGUGAUCACAGGCCUGUUGAUUCUCAAGAGCCCCUGCAUUCAGACCCUCACCAGCAUCUUAAACCAGGGUUGGAGGAUUUGGUGAACAAGCGUUUUCCUGAGCGGCGGGGAGUAAGUGGAGGGACCGAUAGACCCGGCGGCAGCGGGUCACUGGACCAUCAGACCCAGCCCUCUGUUCGGCUCAAUAUCUGUAACCAAUGCAGCAUGAAAGCACGGUGGAACGAGAAACCCUGCGGACGACUGGCUAGUUAGCUAGCUUGCUAACGUCGCCGUGCCCCCGCACCACACUGGUCACAGAAAACGAGCCAAACAAAGCUGUCGCUCACCUGGCGAUAGCAAUGUGUAUGUGUGGAGGUAGUAUUGAGUUGAUAAGUUUGACUCAUUUCUCUGCAACGUAACGUUCCUACACCACUGCUCGUUUGGUCUCUCAUCCACAAAGUUUAUACAGAAGCCAGAAAAACGGCUACCUGCCGCUCCGGCCAUUCUGCUAUGUUGAUGAUGGAGGGGCAGCAGGGCUCUGGUGGUAGAUUCAACUCAAUUCAAUUUUAUUUAUAGUAUUGAGUUAGGUAGAGCGGUCUUCUACCAAUUGGAAAGUUGGUGGUUCGAUCUAGGGCUUGGCGAUAUGAAGAAUAUCAAACAUCACAAUAUUUUUGACCAAAUUCUAGUGUUGACUAUUGGUGCUUUCACAAAAUAUUUCCACGUUGGGAUUUUUGAUAAAUAAUCAUCAGUAAUGUGGAUAUAAUGACUAAGUGGGUAAAGGCAAGGCCUUUCUAUCCAUUGUAUUUCUAUGGGAGCGAUGGCCCACAAGUGAUCACCACUAAAAUUAUAAUCAUGGCAAAUAAUUUGUGUUCUGAUAUUUAAUGUAUUCCAUCUCUGUUCUUACUUUGUUUGAAUUUUUUGACUGAACAUGUUUUAAGAUUAAGCUCAUCACUUUACAUGUCCAUUGUUGAAAUUUGUGACUUGGUAUUUGUAUUUUUUGGACUUGGUGUUUGUAUUAAAAGCAAAAUGGUGACUGUGGGUAACACACAAUGUCCUCUUUUUUUUUAAAGUUUUUUAAUUUAUAUUGCAGUGCUGUCUCAGUACCAUUAGAGGGAGCCAGUGUCGAAGAUAAGAAAAAGCUUUCCAUGAGAAAAGCUAAACCUUUGGUUAAGGACUUGCAACAAACAGUGCAUGCUUUAUAUAUUUAUAGAUCACAAGCUACCGCUAUUAUUAGGUGUGGCAGUGUAUGCUGUCCAUCUAAAACCACUUUAACAACACUGCCAUAACCAUAAUCUUAGAGUUAUAAGUGUCAACAUUUAGUAAUUAGUCAUUUUGUCAAACAGCUUUUGACCAUGUUCGCACAGUGUGUUUUAUGUAUUGUGGAAGUUUAGAAGGCAGUGGGGGGGGAGUGUGUAGAAGUAGCUGUACUUUCUCCACAGACGA